CUCUUUCCAACACCGUCAUUACCAGCAGAAUUGAAAUGUAGUCUGCAGGGGGUAUGUUGGACAUGUGGAUAUGUCACAUUUAGAAGCUGUGCCGUGUCCUUACAAGAGAACCACAAUGCUAGCUGACUGUUCGAUUUGUGAAGCUGCUGAUUAGUCAAGGCUUUGUCACUUUUCUACUGACUCUUCCCACUUUUAAUCUCCUCCUUGAAGUGUGGACAUUACCUGGACCACAAGGACCAGCACUAUUUGUAAAUGCUUCUUCAGUCCAGGUAAACAGCUCAAGCUCCUUAGCAAGUAACAAAAACAACAAAAGGACACUAUGGAAAAUUCAGCAGUGGAAUCCCGAGCUGAGCGGAUCGCUCGGUACAAGGCCGAGAGGGGGCGUGAGCUGGAUCUUCUCUAUGGCAGCCAAGAUGAGGACGCAUCUACUAAGUGCUUUAAGAAACAGAGAGAAGGGCGUGGCAGCCGACAAGACUCCACCCGCUCUGAGGGAGGUGUGUGUGGAGUUAAUGGAGUUGAGAAGACUUGUGAAAAAGCAAAAGCUGAAGAAGAGAAAAAAAUCUCUAAUGGAUAUGACAAGGAGACUAAAGCUGGGAAGACCAACCAAAACAGCACUCUGUCUGGAGGAGACCAUCCUGACACUGACGUGCCCCAGCUACACACUGGUGUGCCCCAGCUACACACCGGUGUAUCGGUGGGCAAGCUGAAAAAGGCCCUGCUGCAGCAAAGCUUGAGCUCAGCUCCCAGUGAUAAAGUUCCUGUGUCUGGAGGCUCUGGCACGACCCUUGAGCAGACGGUAAAAUCAGGCUCUGAUGGUGGUCGACGGAGAACUCGGCGCUACCUGCCAGCCGGGGCUGCCGGGAGCCGUAAAGCUAAUGAGCGUUUUCGAACGCAGCCGAUCACAGCCUCAGAGAUGCAGAAGAGCUGCGGAACCAUGGAGAACACGGAUCAGGAAAACUCAGUGGAUGUUAAGACAGACGAGAGAGCCAUGAUGAGCGUGGCUGCCAAGAUGUCUCUCUUUAAAGAGCUUGAGAGAUCUGCUCCCCAGGCUUGUUCCUUUCUGAGGCCUCGUUCCAGUUGUAGCUUUUCCGAGCCCAGAGUUCGGCAUGGAAAUGAGAUCCGGUGUCCUGCUCAGCCAAUAAACUCUGAGGAUAAGGGAAAACUAGAAAGUGAUGAUGCCAAGCUGGCACAGACAGAGGUGGAGGACGAUGCCAGCUCUAAGCUGUCGCUAAGUGAGAAACUGGCACUCUUUAAUAAACUGUCUCAGCCAGUCGCGCCCACUGAAAGGCCUCGGGGUAAAGGAGGGGACGGACGUUCUUCAGAGUCCUCGGAGAGACGCAGACAUAAGGGAACGCGUUAUCAGACUCAGCCCAUCACGGCAGACGAGGUCAAAUUGCUCCAAAAAGAUCCUGUCUGGCCGCCUUCUGCACACCCGUCUCCUUCCACCUCAGACCAGCAGCAGAAUCUCUCAGUCAGCCCUAAACCUAGUGAAGUGACUCUCACCAAACCGUCAGAGGACUCCCAGCCUGCUCAGAGGCGAGGCCCAGAGGUCAAAGGCAUCCUGAAGAAGAGCAGCCCUAAUAACGCUGGAUCAAGGGUAGAAGCUGAGCACGAGCGCAUUCUCAGCAACAAAAACUUAGAGCUGAAUGGAGAAAGGAAGGAGGGGAGCUCACCUGUAACAGCAGGAGAAUAUUCUCCAGCUCCACGAUCUUCUGCCCCCUGGAGACAAAGAGCCAGGAAGGACGCCACCUCCGCUCACAAAUCUCGAAGAAUUUCCCCUGUGACUGAUGACCACCCAUCAACACCACAGGACAAAGAAACUCAGCACAGAGCUGCAGACUGCAGUGACAAAGCAGUAAUGAGAAAUGGCUUGUCUCAAUCUCAAGGAUUUGUUGAAGAACAGAAGCAACAGACUGAAAUGAUGGGAAGCAUCACACCUACUACAGAGAUACAGAAUCAGAGCAACACUGCUAGUGUCUCUACCACACCAGCUCAGUGUUGGGAGCCUGUCUAUUCUACUGUAUUCUCCCCUCCCAGCAACCCCACUCAGUACAAGGUGUUUUUUAAUGAGAGAAGUCUUUCUUAUGAAGCACAAGAGAUUUCCUCAUCUCAAGAAGAACCAAAUACAUGGGAAAAUAAGAAGAGCUCAGUAGAAGAUGAUUAUCAGGCAUCUGUGCAGACAGACACAGAGUCACAGUCUCAGGGUUUUGAUGAAACACAGACGCCCCAGCAGCAAGUUGACGAGGAGGUGAUGACCCCUGAUACCCCCUCAAUUCUUGAGUGUAAGAACGGCUCAGAAGAUACAGAGCAGGACCUGAGCAACAUUUGCCUUACUAACACACCCAUUUUGAGCUCUGCAGUGGCAGAACAUCGUCGUUCCGUCCGGCCGUCCCGUCGCACCCGGGCUUCAAGAAAUCCGUUACGCUCUCUUGCAGCCCGAGACGACAUCCUACAGGACUUCAUGCAGCCACAAGAUGACCCUGAUGCCACAGAAACCCAUAUUGCUCUGAAGAACAACCACAACACUAAUAAUGCUUCAUCAGCCAAGAUUAGCACUGUACCCUUUAGCAACCUCAUGCUCAUUCAUAUUAAAGGCUGUAAAAGAGUGCAGGUGCGUUUAGUGGAGCCGGUUGCUUGCUCGCUAAACAGUGGUGACUGCUUUCUCCUCAUCACCCCAUCCGAGUGCUUCUUGUGGAUAGGCCAACUGUCUAACACCACUGAAAGAGCGAAGGCUUCUGCCAUGGCCUCAUUGAUUGUGGCUCAACGGGAUUUGGGAUGCCAAGCAACAGAAGUCAUUCACCUAGAAGAAGGAGUGAACAUAGAUGAUGCUCAAGCUACAGAGUUUUGGAAACUUCUGGGAGGCAAAAGCUCUUACAAAGGCUGGUCUGAUGAUGACCAACAGUAUGAGAAGGCGAUUUCUGAAUCGAACUGUGUGUACAGACUGCAGGGUGACCGAUUCAUUCCACAUGAGCAGGGCUGGGCUUCAACACCGAACCUGUCUCUGCUGGACUCUUCUCAGACUCUACUGUUUGAUUUUGGCAGUGAGUUGUACCUGUGGCACGGAAAAGAAGUCUCCCCCAGUGAGAGGAAGUUGGCCCUGCAUUUGGCUCAGCAGGUAUGGAGUGGAGAUUAUGAUUAUAGUACCUGCAGAAUAAAUCCUCUCGACCCUUUCAACAGCAACACUGAAAUUCAAAGCCAAGGUGUGGGCCGGCCAUGCUGGGCUCUGUUUGGUCGUGUUUUUGAGAAGAAUGAGACCGUUCUCUUCAGGAUGAAGUUUGCUGAUUGGCUUGAUCAGGUGGAGAACAUUAUGGUGCAGCAGACUCCUGAUCCUGUAGCUCAAUCUGUCGACACAUGGUCAUGUGAUGCCAAAUCCCUGCUUACUGGAAGUUGCAUCUUGGAAACAGAGCCCAUCAUUCUGCAAGGCAUGGAUGUACAGAGAGGCUGCGGCCUGCUUACUCUUAGUGAUGGCCAGCAGGUGGAAAUAAGCACUGAUGCUGUUGAAAGUUGGCAUACUGGCACGAAAGACAUCUGUAAAGUGGCUCCAGAGAGCAUCGGGCAGUUACAUGAAGUUAAUACGUAUGCUAUACGGUGGAAGUACCGCCUUAGGGCCACGGACAGUCAGGCCAUCGCUGAAGGCCAGAGUUCAGAUCAGGAACGCUCUGCACUUUUUGUCUGGCAGGGGCGGCACACCCAGAUAAAUGAACAAAACUUUUCCCUGCCACCGUCCCUUCAGAACGAGCCCAGAGUCUUCAUAAAACAAGGGGAAGAGCCAGCAUGCUUUCUGCAGCUUUUCAAGGGAGGUCUGAUAAUUCACAGAGGAUGUAACAGUCAACACACAGAUGGCUGGCGUCUGUUCUACGUUAGGGGUGCUGUACCAUCGGAGGCCAGUCUGUUGGAGGUAGAUUGCAGCAGUUCCAGUCUGCGCUCUCGGGGUUCUCUUCUCCUGCUAAAUAGCAAGCAGGCGGCACUGUACCUGUGGCAUGGCUGCAAGGUUCAGGCUGGUGCUCGUCAGGUUGCCAAACACACCACCCAACAGCUCCAACUCACGUUUCCUCCUGAGAUGGGGCUAAGCAAGGGCUGCAUUUUGAACAUUCAGGAAGUAGAAGAAGGUGCAGAGCCUAAAGAGUUUUGGAAUGCCAUUGGGCCACAGGACAGAAAAUCCUAUGAUUGCAUGCUACAAGAUCCUGGCAAGUACAACUUUACUCCCCGCCUCAUUAACCUAAGUGCGCAAACUGGAACUUUUAAAGGAGAGGAGCUAACAAGCCCAUCCAGCAUGACUGGUGUUAUUGCGGCAAUGCCAUUCCUUCAGGACUGCUUAUAUUCAGUACCACAGCCAGCUCUGUUCCUGUUGGAUAACUCGAUGGAGGUGUAUUUAUGGCAAAGCAGUGGCGUUUCGGACUCUCCACGUCCUCGUUGGGACACGGAGAGAAAAUGUGCCAUGGAGACAACACUUCAGUACUGCAGAGAGAGAAAUCCCAAAAGACCUCCAAUGGCUUAUCUUAUUGAGGAAGGAGCCGAACCCCUUACCUUCACAAAUGUGUUUCCAUCUUGGGAUAAACCAGCAACACAGAUCUCAGUGCAGAAGAAGCUAACGUUAGUGCAGGAUGCGCUGGCUGUGCUCAGCAGGACACAGUUUAGUGUUCAGGAUCUGUUAAAGAGUCCUUUACCAGAUGGAGUGAACCCUUUACACUUGGAGACCUAUCUGUCCAAUCACGACUUCCAGAUGGUUUUGGGAAUGAAGAGGAAUUACUUCAAUGCUCUGUCUGACCUGGAGCAGUUAAACCUGAAGAAGAGUAAAGGACUUUACUGACACAAGGCCUGAUCUACUACUGAACCUGAAAUCUAAGAGGAUGUUCAGUUCUGUCAACAGUCUGCAGUCCUUCAGAAAGAGUUUUUGUAUACCUAUUUUGGAAAGUCCCGUUUUUUUUUUUUUUUUUCAAUGUACAGUGUAAACUGUUUAGUUAUUGAAGUGUGUGUGUGUGUGUGUUGUGUGUAUGAGUCUCGAGUUUGGUUACUUUAGCGCCUCAUAUUCAGCCACUCAUUUUGCUCAAAAAGCCCUGAGCUGAGGUGCAUCACCUACUUACCCAAUGGACAAAUUCAAAUUUCUUCUCUCUCUUCAUCACUAGCCCUUUAUUUCAGCUGCAGGAAGGAUGUGAAUAAGGUGGUGUGUGUGUGUGUGGUUCUUUUACAAGACAUGGAAUUAAUUUUGGUACCCUUAAAUGUAAUAAAUAAUAAACUGAACUUAAAUUAUUCUGACACUUAAAUGUAUCUGUACAUGUAAAACUAGUAAUAAAUAAAAAACAGUAAAUCAA